UUGUAGCAGGAGUUUUGCAAUCCUUAUCAAGUACAAGUAGUAUAUAUACGUUGGUUUAGUUACGGCAAAUUCUAAUCGAGAAACAUGAGAUCUUCCAAACUCAAUAGAACAAAUCCUAACAUCUUCUCUUCCGCCGAUCUUCCACUUCCCACUCUUCCUUUUGAUGUGAUUUCAGAAAUACUAGCUAGGUUACCGGUGAAGUCCCUUCUCCAAUUCCGGUGCGUCUCCAAAUCAUGGAAAUCACUCAUCUCCGAUCCAGUAUUUGUUAAAAAGCACCUUUAUCUGUCAACCACGCGCCGCCUCCUCUGCGUAAGCUACAAUCCCUCGUUCAGGUUUAUUUUAAAUUCUUACUCCCUCCAAUCCGUUUUCCCAGAUACAAACUAUAGCAUCACUCGAUUCCAGUUUCCCUUCGGUGUUAUUUCUAAACGCUACUCACAUUACAUUGUUGGCUCUUGUGACGGAAUUCUCUGUGUUGCCAAUUAUCGUUUUCCCCCGGAUUUUAAACAUGUAGUUGUACUGUGGAAUCCGUCUAUUAGAAAAUUUAAGGAAUUACCCCCUUUUGAAAAUCCAACUGACCUCGACCGUCGGAUUAUAACAUAUGGCUUGGGCUAUGAUCAUGUUUCUCAUGAUUACAAACUGCUUGUUCUUUACAACUCUUUUCUUAAAGGUGUCAUUGCAAAGGUUUAUACUUUGAAGGCUGAUUCUUGGAGAACCAUUAAACGGUUCCCUUCUGAUUUUGGUCGUCUCGCUGAUUAUGGACGUGGAAUAUAUGUAAGCGGUACAAUUAAUUGGAUGAUCCGUCAAUGCUGGAUUGUUUCUUUUGAUUUAGUAACCGAGUCUUAUCAAAAGAUUUUGCCUCCUCGACAACAAACGGAACCUAAAUAUUUGGGUUUGAGUGUGUUGAGGGAUUGGUUGUGCAUAAUUUCUUAUAAUGAUGUUUGGGUCAUGAAGGAAUAUGGAAUUCUAGACUCUUGGACUAAAUUGUUCAAUGUUACUCACUUGCUAGAUCCUCCAUCUAGUUUUUUUCGCUUGACGAAUGUAUUAUAUAUUUUUCAAGACGAUCAAGUGUUGCUUGUCUUUAAAAAUCCUUGGGAUAGGGUAUUGUUGAUUGUUUACGAUUUCAAGAAUGACACUUCUAAAGUUAGUUUUUUGUUGAAAGACAUCUCAGAAGUGUAUGUUGAGAGUUUGAUAUCACCUUGAUCUUAAUGCUAAAAUUAUUUUUGAAGACGACCAAGAUCAAAUGUUGCUGCUGUUUAAGGAGACUUCAAGAAAGAAGUUCGGUUGAAGUUGUUCAUGCUGGCGCGACUUUGCAGUGCUGGCCAUCUCCCUCCAAUACUAAGAACCUUGAUAUGAAGAAUUCAAGGCCCAAAAGAAUGAGGAAACAAUCGGUGCUGCUAAAGGAGUUUAUAUUAGAAUAAAAAGAGCAAGUAGUAUUAAUUUAUACAUUAUGUGUAAUGUUUUAUUUAUUUGAGUCCAUUAGUAGUGGCCCAUGGCCCAAAUAGGUGAUAAAACCCUACUAUAUAACUGUAUGUUGUCCCUUUAUGAAGUAAGAAGAAAAGUUGUUUUA